UCCCCCCAUCCCCUCUCUCUCUCUCUCUCUCUCUCUGAAGCUUACCAUGGGCAAACUCUUUUCCAUCUCCAUUCUUCUCCUCUUAUUCAUCACCAUCAUCCCCUCCUUAGCCAAGGAUGGAGAACACUACAGUUUCCUCUUGAGCCAAAAGCCGGCGACGCCGCGGGUGCGCCAGAAGCUGAGCCACCUGCGGCUAUUCUGGCACGACCUCGUAAGCGGGCCGGAUCCGACCGCCGUCAGGGUGGCCCAGGCGGCCUCGGCCAAUAAGUCGGCGACCGGGUUCGGCACGUUGGUCAUGAUCGACGACGCGCUGACCGUGGGCCCUGAGCCAACUUCGAAGCUAGUAGGCCGGGCCCAGGGGUUCUUCGCCCUGGCAUCCAAAGAGGAGAAGGCCCUGCUGAUGUCCAUGAACUUUGCCUUCAUCGAAGGCAAGUACAACGGCAGCACGGUGACCAUAUUGGGCCGGAAUGCGGUGUUCUCGGAGGUGAGGGAGAUGCCGGUGAUAGGGGGAAGUGGGCUUUUUCGAAUGGCCCAAGGUUAUGCCCAGGCCCGGACGCAUAGCUUCAAUCCUAAGACUCAUGAUGCUGUGGUGGAGUAUAAUGUUUUUGUGAUGCAUUACUGAUGUAGAGUUCGGUUUUCUGAUUUAGUUUGGGUUCUUUCUUGAUGCUGGUUGCAAGGUGGUCCCCAUGAUGGGUUUUGGCUCGUUUCCUUUUCAGUCAAGGGACGUCAUUGUUAGCGUCUUCCUAGCUCCACGCAAUGCUACAAGUCAUCGAAACCAACAAAAGAAAAAGUUGGGACGAGAGCAAAGUAGUCGCAAAAUUCUUACAUGCGGACAGCUUUUACAAACCUACGUUUAUUUUUCCAAACCUGCUUUUUUUUUUUUUGGUAGAAAUUCCAAACCUACUUUAAGUAACGACCGUUAUUUCACUGUUAGCUUGUACAGGUCGGUUCGUAUGAUAAUAGUACGUGCUGUAGAACAAACUCGAUCCCCAUGUUAGGAAGAAAAGAGAAUUCUAACUCUUGUUUCUCUAUUUUUUUUUCUUGUGAGAGUGAAAUUUAGUUUGCCAGUGUUUUUGAUUCAAAGGGGUGCGUGCCGGGAAGGGUAGAUCGGGUGCGGAUCCUCUCUAUUUUGAGAUUGGAGUGGUGAAUUUUAAUUCCAGAUCAUUCAUUGUCCAUAUAUUGAAUA